CUCUUUACUUUUCACAAUCUUAAUUUUUUAUUCCUGCGAUUUCUACGAUCAAACGCUAUUCACCCCCCUCUAGCGUUGGUCACUUAUUCCAACAAUUGGUAUCAGAGCCCAACUCGUGUCCAAACUUAACCGUUUGAGAGUAAAGCGAUCAUGGGUUCUUCUUCUAGAAAUUUGUAUGCAGGAAUAGGUGAAGGGCAACCAACCACACGGCCACCUCUUUUUGAUGGAACCAAUUAUACAUAUUGGGAAGAACGAAUGAGAAUCUAUAUUCGUUCCAUGAACUUCCAAUUAUGGUUGGUUAUCAAAAACGGGGAAGAGGUGCUGAUGAAGAAAGUCGGAGACAAGUUGCUCCCCAAGACCGAAGACGAAUUUGAUGCCGAAGACAUCAAGAAAGUGGAGAACUACGCAAAAACGAUUAACAUGCUCUACUGCGCGGUCAACCCCGAUGACUACCGCAAGAUCUCCUGCUGCUCAACCGCCAAGAAGAUGUGGGAUAAGCUCGAGGUGACGUACGAAGGAACGGACCAAGUACGUGAAGCCAAGAUCGACUUCCUCACCCAAGAGUAUGAGAUGUUCAGGAUGAAGGAGCAUGAGAAGAUCGACGAUAUGUUCGACCGUUUUCCCAAGAUAGUCAACGAUCUUCAUGCAUUAAAGAAGACGUACACCGACAGGGAUCUUGUGCGAAAGAUCCUACGGAGCUUGACAUCCGAAUGGCGAUCCAAGGCCGAUGCCAUCUAUGAAUCAAUCGGCACAUCAAAUGUCACCAUCGACGGUCUAAGAGGUAAUCUAAAAACUUAUGAAUCUACUAUUCUUAACCCGUCUUUGAAUGACCAAAGGAAAGGGAUAGCAUUAAAAGCCGUCAAAGAAUCAACGAUGGAUGAUUCAAGCAACGAUGAUGAAGUCAAGCAUGUCAUGAAGAAGUUCUGCAAACUUCUAAGAAAGAAAGAAAAGGUUGAGGAUGGCCUAUGUGCUAUGGAUGUGGAGAAGCUGGGCACAUCAAGAACAAAUGCCCGAAAAGCGGAAGGAAUGCUCGACACUUCAAAAGGCAAAGGGCGUAUAUCUCUUGGGGUGGCGACUCCGGCGACGAGUCAACCGAUCAAGACGAGGAUGAAACUGCCAACCUCUGUCUCAUGGCGCACGAAGACCAAACCGACAAUGUACAAGAGGUAUGUACCAUUUCUUCCGACUCUUACACCUUUGAAGAAAUGCAAGAAGCACUUCAUGAACUUUAUGAUGAAUUUGUUAGCGCUUCUAAAAUCAACAAAUCAUUAAAGAAACACCUUUCCACUCUUGAAAAUGAUUUUGAAAAGCUAGAAAAAGAUAAUGAGAAGUUGAAACAAGAAAAUAAAUUUUAUGGCAAAAGAAGCGCCGAGAAACCAGAAAGUUCCUCAAACGAAUGUGAAUCUUGUAAAGUUUUAAAGGAACAACUCACUAAACUUGAGAGUACGGUUAAGAAAUUUAAUACUCCACACAAAGAUCUUAAUUUACUCCUUGACACCAUGCAUUUUUCUAAAGAAGGAAUAGGUUUUAAUAAAAAUGAAGCUAAGGAUAAAGAAAACGUUGAGCAAACACCUAGACAACCUCCUAAGGCUCAACGUAAGAAAGCUAAAAAUCAAGUAAAUAGAAAACCUAAUCAAUCUAAGAACACUAGACAACCUAGACAAAAACCUAGGAAUGAAAACGUUCAUGGUAGACAACCUAAGAAAAAUUAUCAAAAUGUUUUUGUGCAUAAAAAUAUUUUUUCUCAAAAUAGAAGAGACAAUAUGAGAACACCUAGAAAUGAUCCUUUUGAAAACAUGCAUAAACCAUCCUUUUCUCAAAAUAG